AAACGACGCAGCUGAAGCUAUUGGGACGACGACAAUGGUAUCCAGUAGAAGCUGUCGAAGCCAUCGCAAAUGUUUGCCAAGAUCUGAGUUGAAACAACCGAACCAUGUACCGACUUUGUUUUUAUGGACUCGUUUUCUUCCUUACCGCGGUGGUUGCGAGGCGUCUCAAUCCAGCGAAACAAGUUCUCAAUGAACGCGGAUGCGGCAAGGUUCACGCAUCUCGAAGGAUUAUUGGUGGCGCUGAAGCACUCGAAGGUCAAUUCCCGUGGGCGGUAUACCUGGAAAUUUCUUUCCCUGCCGGAGCGACACGUUGCGGUGGGAGUAUCGUUACCCGAUAUCAUGUGGUCACGGCGGCACACUGCACUCUGUACGCUGGCAGCGGACCAGGCGAGGUGACAGUACGUUACGGGAACACGGACUUCAAGAAAGGCAAACCAAUCAAAGUCGAAAGAUACCUGCGGCAUCAGAAAUUUGUCCCGUCAACGUUUGAAAAUGACAUCGCCAUCAUGCAACUGAAGAAACCGUUCACGUUUGAUAAAAAGCACGCGGUUCCGGUUUGCAUUCCAUCCCAUCCGGUUGACGUGUUUCACGUGCCCGUGGCUGUAGCAGGAUGGGGUGUAACCAGCAUGAAAGCUGAAGGUCUUAUGAAGCCGACGGCGGAUACAUUGCAGUACACCUUAGUCAAAGUGGUGCCCAACUCGGUCUGUUCGGCGGCAUUUCGAGAUGCAGGGUUUCACAAGGAACUUAUGUACUGUGCCUAUCGUGUCAACGCUGAUGCCUGUCAGGGCGACUCCGGCGGGCCUAUGGUUGCGCGUACAAGACAGGGAAAGUUCCUGCAGGUGGGCAUCGUAUCAUACGGCAUCGGCUGCGCCAUGAAUGAUAUGCCAGGCGUGUACACCCGACUCGACCAUUACUACAACUGGAUCAAACACCAUUUACGUCGUCCUCGUUCGAUGAAACUUUUGAAAGGAUUAGACCCGCAGAGUUUUUAUGGCUUGCUUAGGACAUUAGCAAAUACGAGUGACGAGGAAAAAUAAAUCGUUGAAAAAAUAUA